AUGAGCGUUGAAACAAAAGAAAUUUCACAAACAGCAAUGGCUCUAGUUUUAGGUAUUCAACAUCAAGUAAAAUAUUAUUUAAGUAAAGUUCAUGUAAGUGAUAAUGAUUUUGAGAAAUAUAAAGGAAAGACAUUACCUGAAUUAAAGAAUGAAAAAUAUAUUUUUAAGACAUACCCAUUCACUAAAUUCACUAAAAAAGGAGGAAAAGAUAUUUGUGGUCAAAAAGACAAUGAAAUGACAACACCAAAAGAAGUAGGAGAAUAUGUAGCUAAAGAAUAUUCACCAAUGGCGUUUGCAAUUGUUAGGAGAUUUUUUGGAUUAACUCCAGAAUCAAUGAUUGAAUCAAUUUGUGGAGAAGGGAAUUUAACACCACCUAAUCUAGGAUCAGGAAAGAGUGGGUCAUUGUUUAUGUUUACAAAAGAUCAUAAAUUUGUUAUUAAAGUUAUUCCAAAAAGAGAAGAAAAGAUUUUAUGUAAAAUUUUUCCAUUAUACUUCUCUUAUAUUCAAGAAAAUCCACAGACUCUUAUUCCUAGGUUUUAUGGUAUGUUUAGAAUCAAACCACAAAAAGAUGAGGAAUAUCGUUACGUUGUUAUGAAUAAUCUAUUUCCUAAUGAUAACUUCCCUCUUCAAUAUAAAUUUGAUUUAAAAGGUUCUAUGUAUGGUCGAAAGGCUAACGAGAAAGAAAGAAGUAAAAAGUCUCCUUGUUUUAAAGACCUCGAUUUUGUAGAACAAAAAGCUGAAAUACAUAUCGGACCAAAACUUCUUCAACCUUUUAAAGAACAGGUGGAAAAAGAUAGUGGGCUAAUGGCUAAAAUGCAUCUUAUUGAUUAUAGUAUGCUUGUUGGUGUUCAUAAUUUAACUGAAGAAGAAUUAGAAGUUGCAUGUAAAAAACUUGGUAUUGAAGUAAAUAAAACAAAAAAAGAAAAAGUUAUAGAAAAUGAUAAAGAAAGAAAACAUGAUGAAAAAGAAGAAGAUAAAGAUCAAAUAAUAAAUACAAACGAUAAUAUUAUAGGAGAACCAGCUCAAAAACAGGAAGAAAGUGGAAGUAAUGAAACUGAAGAAAAAGAAUCUAAACAAGAAGAAUCUAAACAAGAAGAAUCUAAACAAACAACUGAAAUGGAGUCAAAAGAGGAAUCAAAGAAAAGUGAAUCAUCAGUAGCUCUAAGUUCAAUUACAUCAACACAAUCAGUGAGCAAAAACGAAGCAACAGAAACAUCAUCAACCAAAAGUAUAGAAACUACAAAGUCAACAAAAGAAGAGUUAAAGCAAGUAGUUAAACGACCUAGGGCAUCUACAGUAUUUACAGAACAAAGAGUUGAUAAAAACUUAACCAAUAAAGAUUCAGCCUCAUUAACAAAAAAUCGUAAAAAAAAAAGUGAUAAAGUUGCUGAUGCCCAAGAAUUUUUACAGUCAUUAGAAAUACCUAAACCAGCAGACUUUAUUUUUACUGAUUAUGAAGGGGGGUUACUUGCACGAAAUAGUAAAGGAGAACUUACAGGUGAAUUAUAUUAUUUAGGAAUAAUAGAUAUUUUAAUGGAUUAUACAGCGAGAAAAAAGUUAGAAACUGUAGUAAAAGGAGUUGCUGCAGGAGGAGCUGAUCAAGUUUCUAGUGUUUCACCGAGUCACUAUAGUCGCAGAUUUAUUAAAUUUAUUUUAUCAAAUACUAAAUGA